GUGCGUGGAAGAAGAGACAGUGACUUCAGACGUACUUAUCAGCAGCUCAACAACUGUCCAUUAAUAUGUUUGAGACAAAGACUAGUUCAAGUGCGUUUGGAAACUAUAACUCUAUGUGGAUGUACACUCUGAAAAACGUUGGCUUGGAUUUCGUAAGGAAAGGGACAAGUCAACAUUCCCGGUUCCAUAACCUGCAGGAGCUGAGGCACAGCGCGUCCCUGACCACAAAAGUGUUCAUACAGAGAGACUACAGCGAGGGAACAAUCUGCCGCUUCCAGUCCAAGUUCCCCUCAGAGCUCGACAACCGGAUCGAGCGGAGUUUGCUGGAGGAGACCGUGAAAACCUUGAAUUCUUACUAUGUAGAAGCUGAGAAAAUCGGAGGCCAGUCGUACAUGGAAGGAUGCCUGGCCUGUGCUACAGCUUAUUUCGUGUUUCUGUGCAUGGAGACGAGAUAUGAGAAGGUGCUGAAGAAGAUAUCGGGCUACAUCCAGGAACAGAAUGAGAAGAUCUAUGCUCCAAGAGGCCUGCUCCUCACAGACCCCAUAGAGAGAGGAAUGCGUGUUCUGGAGAUCAGUGUGUACGAGGACCACGGCUGCAGCAGCUCCAGUCCCAGCAGCAGCAGUGUGUCUUCAGCCUGUAGUACCGCUCGGUGACUGGAGGGGCAGCGCCAGGCGUACGGGUAUCAGCACAGGGGCAGCGGGACACUCACCAGCAUCCGCAUGCUCAAACAUGAGAGCACCAGGUUCUGAGAGCAGAUCUUCUUCUGUGGACCAGGGUCUGAGGGGCACAAGCACAAGGCACUGCUGCUACAGCUGCCAUUUGAUCCACGUGUAAUGUGAUUUCAGUUUUCUAUUACAUUAUGUUCCAUGAAUCAGCACUGCUUUGGGCUGACUCAACAGUCCUGAUUAGGGCAGAGUUGCAUUGUUUAACUGGGUUUACUGUCAGAUGUCUUUGCAGCAGCUUUUGGGUCUCUGGAGAGGAAAAGCAGUCGUCUCCUGGGAUGGCGAGCGCUCCGUGCUCUCACAGAAUGACUGCAUUCAUGUGAGGUGGCCGAGGUCAGGCUGCUCUGAAUGCUGGCAAAUUGGUCCUUCUGUUGGAUGUUGUGGUUCUAUGCUCUGUUCACAUGCUCUUGGCUUCAGUAUCAAACAGCCACCACAGAGCACCUUGGAUUAUUUAUCCUUUUCAUUCCCAGCAAUAAGAUGCCAGUGAUCCGCAUCACAGCUGCAGGCUCUGUGUGCACGUACACAUUCCUCUCUGCUUUAUGCAUGCUGGCUUACACAAGUGGACAAAUGAAUGACACAACAUCAAUGGCAAGGAAAAUGCAGUGCUUUUAAGAGUACUGUGCCCUGUACUCACAUGCAGAUUUACCCUGAAUGCAGAGCUAACUGCACAAGCCAACCAGCCAUGAAAAGAAUUUUAUUAGCUGGAACAGCCGACUUUGUUAUUGCUUUGAAUAGAUAGAAUAAACUUGCCAUAAAUUGAGUAUGUCCAGAGAUAGUUGACCUAAUAGAGAAAAUCCACUAAAGAAGAAACACAUCAGUGUCAUUUUCAUGUUAGUGUGCUAUAGCUAGAGCACCCUCUAGUGCAAGUGAUUGAGAUUGAGCUUUAAGUAAACCCCUUUGUUUAUACCUAACAAUAAUAGAUUAAACACAUGAGUUUUCCCAGUUUCCUCUGACAGCCUCUGCUCCCACUAAAGCUGUUCUGAAGCAGCACAGUCUCAGCACAGCUGUAUCGGGUCCAGGUUAACGCCUCUGUGGGGACAUCAUUAGACCAGUGUUGGCUCAACUCUUGGUUUACAGACUAAAAUGACUUUUUAUUGUUGUUUGUCAGUGGCAGCUGGGCCUGUUGUGCUUGUGCCUCUGUUUCCUCCUACAGAUGCCUUCAUGUUUCCUCCCUGUGCAGAUACCCAACCUGGGGCUGAUGGACUGCUUUAUAUAAUGGACUGUAAUAUUCUUAUAUUGUUAUAUUUGUAAUAUUUGUAGUGGCCACACCGGUUUAUCAAAACUUGAUCUCGUCAGUUCUCAGAAGCUAAGCAAGGCCAGGCCUGGUUAGUACUUGGAUGGGAGAUUGUUGGGAAAAUCAGGUGCCACAGUGGGGUCAAAAACUGAUGAUGUGUCCUUAGGCAAGGCACUUUACCCACAUUGCCUAGUAUGAAUGUGGUGUGUGAGUGUUGGUGGUGGUCAGAGGGGCCAAUGGUGCAGACUGUCAGCCUCAGUUUACCACCCCUGAAUGUGGAGUGAAUGAAUAAUGCUCUGUAAAGCGUCUUUGAGCGCCAAAAAAAAGCACUAUAUGGAUCCAAUACAUGAUGAUUAUUAUCAUUAUUAUACAGAGCUAUUCCUGUCUUUUGUCUGGUAUUACAUUAAAAUGUCACUUUUGAACACAUUUGUAUAUUUCCUAUAACCAGCAGACAUAGUGGCAGAGAAGCUUCGAAGACAGAAUCUUUGAGCCUUUGGCUCUAUCCUAUUUUCUGUUUGUCCAAACUUUUAUAGAUAAUGUAUGCAGAGAGGAGACACCGGGGAUACUCAGGGGAGAGUUUAAGUGUGCCAAAUACUGACUGUGAAUAGUGAUGUAGCAGCAAUGUCCAAUUAGGAACGCCUAGAUUUAUGAAACUGUAAGAGUGCACUUUGGAGCCAAUAAACUACAAUUUGAUAAUUUGUCUAUGGAGUAAGUAAUGUGUUAUGUAUUUGAAUAUCUCCAUAUUUCUGCCUGUGUUGAGGUAGUGUACUGCUGUGUGUGUCAUUAUGUAGUGAGAUGGGAGCAUAAUGUCUUCCUUGAAUUCAUUAGAAAUGGUGACGUGUUCCAGUGCUCUGCGUCACUUUGAGCCAUUCCCCACGAGACUGGAUCAGCACUGAAGUGUUACAUGAGUGUAGAUUUCAGCUUUAAGUCAAAAUAUCUGUUAUUUUAAGAUUGUUUUCAUAAUAUAAUUCACUAUAAUUAUCAGAUAUUUUGUUAUUCACCAAUUGGUUCUUGGUGCAGUUAUGUAACUUUUUGUUACAUACAGAUUUGGUGCAUAUAAAGAAUCUAAAAAUAUGUAAAAUGUAGAGUACAGUACAACAGCACCAAACCUACUAAACAUAAGAUAACGCCCCAUGCACUGAACACUGAGUCACUGUAGUCAUUGUACCCAGUUGUCAUGGAAACUUUUAUAAACAUUUGUCCUCCAAACCCUGUGAGUUUUGGCAUAGACAUGCACUUAAUUCAACCAUAGGCUGAUUGACAGGUCAUCUGUUAUGUUUGUUGCUAGAUGUGUUCUGCAUAAAUGCUUCGUAAUAAAAACAUAUUUUUCUUCUCAGUUAAAAUGGCAGUUCUUGAUUCCCUCUUCCGAUGUCCUCACUUGUUACACCACUGCUCAUUUCCAUACUGUGCAAAUAUUUUCAUAGCUCCAUAACUGAUCUUCUGUCAUGUCCAGUGUGUCCAGGGACACUUCAUGCUCUGGUCUGAGCUCACGCUCCUUUUACACUGG